AAACCACACAUAUCAACAACAUGGCAUUCACUCCAAGAGGUGGUGCGCGCGGGGGUGGUGACAGAGGUGGAAGAGGUGGAUUCGCCCCCCGCGGCAGAGGAGGCUCCGAUCGUGGUGGCAGAGGCGGAGGCAGAGGCGGCUUCGGCGACCGUGGAGGGCGUGGUGGAGGACGAGGCGCCCCGCGCGGACGUGGAGGCGACCGGGGACGUGGUAGAGGAGGUGGCCGAGGCGGCGCUGCUGGCGCAAAGGGUGGUCAAAAGGUCGUCGUCGAGCCUCACAGACACGCCGGUGUCUUCGUCGCACGUGGAAAGGAAGAUUUGCUCGUCACCAAGAACCUGACACCGGGCGAGGCUGUCUACGGCGAGAAGCGCAUCUCCAUCGAAACACCCAAUGCUGUCUCUGGUGCUGCCACCGGUGCCAACAGCGAUGCGCCCGCCGCCGCAAAGACCGAGUACCGCGUUUGGAACCCUUUCCGCUCCAAGCUGGCGGCCGGUAUCCUGGGUGGUAUGGACGACAUUCACAUGAAGCCUGGUAGCAAGGUUCUCUACCUUGGUGCUGCCUCUGGAACAUCCGUCUCUCACGUCGCUGACAUUGUCGGCCCAACUGGAACCGUCUUCGCCGUCGAAUUCUCCCACCGCUCCGGCCGUGAUCUGAUCAACAUGGCUACCCACCGCACGAACGUCAUUCCAAUCAUCGAGGAUGCUCGUCACCCGCUCAAGUACCGCAUGCUCGUCAGCAUGGUCGACUGCAUCUUCGCCGACGUUGCUCAACCCGAUCAGGCUCGUAUCGUCGGGCUCAACGCACAUCAGUUCCUCAAGGUUGGUGGAGGUGUUGUCGUCUCCAUCAAGGCCAACUGUAUCGACAGCACAGCCGCACCUGAAGCAGUCUUUGCCCGCGAAGUCGUCAAGCUCAGAGAGGAGCGUAUCAAGCCAAAGGAGCAGCUUACUCUGGAGCCUUUCGAGAGAGAUCACGCCAUGGUUGUCGGUGUUUACCAACGCUCGCAGUAA